CCUAGAAGAAGGAAAAUAUGAUUAAACAAACGUAGAUAAUUAAACAAGUAAAUAAAUGCAAUAUACUCGUUAGCUCAGAAAUUUUGUCUUUUCCUCGCGAACUCAUGAACCUACACCUGAAAUUCAAUCUCUGAAGAGCUAAUCCGACUAUAUUCACUCCCUGAAACUGCGUUAUCCCAAUAGCCUGUCUGAAGGUAACAACGUUUGGUAACUUUUAAGGGUUUCAUGGCCACUUCCUUGACAGGUUCAGCUUUCCUUAUACCUCACUCUGGAAUAAUUUCAAUUCAAAACAAGCCAAAACUACAUUCCCAAUUAUGCGUUCCUCCUCGAGCAAGCGCUUCUAUUGCCCAAUUUAGCAGCAGAACGAGGGCUGUAUUUGCACCUUUAAAUCCGGUUAUUAGAUAUCGUUCCAAGUUCGUCGUCUAUCAGAAAGUCGCAGAGGCGGAUUCCAAGCAAGCAGAGGAAGAAAGAGAGGAAGAGCUGAAGGAAAGUGAUACAGAAGAUGCUAAGAGUGAUUCUGUAGAACAGAAACCCACUUCAAUUCUACCUACUUUGAUCCAGGCAUACAAAGAAGCCAUUGUAGAAGGUGAUGAUAUUAAAGCUGCUGACAUAGAGGCACAGCUUCAGGCAAUUGAGGAUGAAAAGAGCUUGUUGUCUGUCCAAAUUGCUACUUUAUCAGAAGAGCUGUCAGCAGGGAAGGAAAAAUUCCUUCGUCUAAAUGCAGAUUUUGACAAUUUCAGGAAGAGGUCAGACAAAGAACGCCUUACCUUGGCAUCCAACAUCCAAGGAGAAGUUAUUGAGAGUCUGCUCCCUAUGGUGGACAAUUUUGAAAGAGCCAAAGCCCAGAUAAAGACAGAAACUGAAGGGGAGGAAAAGAUUGAUAAAAGCUACCAGGGUAUCUACAAACAGUUUGUGGAAAUCAUGAAAGCAUUGCGUGUUACAGCAGUAGAGACUGUUGGCAAGCCAUUUGAUCCAAUGCUACAUGAGGCAAUCAUGCAGGAGGAAUCUACGUCAUUUGAAGAAGGAAUUAUUAUUCAAGAGUUCAGGAGAGGAUUUAUUCUUGGUGACAGACUUCUGCGUCCUGCUAUGGUAAAAGUGUCAGCAGGACCAGGCCCUGCAAAACCUACAGAAGAUUCUGUAAAUUCAGUUGAAGAAUCCAAGGAAACAACGGUGGAGUCUAGUCCAUCUGAAUCUUCUAAAGAUUCUGAGAAAGAGGCAUAAUGUUCUGCUGCCCAAAUUUUGUAGGCUUCUUCUUAUUAUCUGGCAAAAAUCAUUAAAUCUGUAGAAGGUAGCCUCAUUGGCCCUCACCUGUUGUGAAGAAGUAUCUUCAACUUUAUUUGAGGCAUCUCAUUUUUCCCUUUAAAAAAGUGGUUAAUCUGAGCCAUUUGUAUUAUCUCCAACAUUCUUUCCAUACUGCUUACAACUUGCAUGUGUCGAUUUAUAAUUAGCAUGAGAGAGACUUACGAUUGAUUUUCUCCAUCUCGAUAAAGAGCUUUUUGGCAAAGCAUACUUGACCUUUUUUAAUCUGGAGCGCCUGGGUCUAGAUGUUGUAACUUAUUUCUGCAGUUCGAUAUUCCAUCUUUGUUUUAUGCUGUU